AUGGCUCACAAGAUUUCUCAACCUGAAAAAGGGAAAGCAAUAGAGAACAUGAGUAAUGAUCCGAGAUCUGUAAGAGUUAAGGUCAAAGACUCUGACAACUCCUCUCUACUCUUGAUGCACUCGCUCACUAUUGUUGGAAGGGUCACAAACCCUAAAUAUCAAAAAGUUUGGUCUAUCAUCCCUUUCUUCACCAAUCGAUGGAAGACAGCAGUCCGACCAAUAGGUGCAGACCUCGGUGAAGGCCACUUCCGAUUCCAAUUUGCUAGCGAGGAGGAUCUCCAGCUGAUUCUCGCUAACCGACCUUACCACUAUGCAAAGUGGAUGCUCAUCAUUCAGAGAUGGGAACCCUCUAUUUCUAGAUAUUUCCCCUCCCUCAUUCCUUUUUGGAUCCAAGUCCAGCGAUUCCCAGUGCAUCUCUGGACAAAAGAAACUCUUCAAAGCCUCGGUGACACUAUUGGCCAAUGUGAAGAGGUGGAUGUGACCCCCCUCACAGCUCGAAUCAGGGUCCAUGUUGACGAACUAAAACCUCUCAUCACAACCUCAAUAGUGGAGUACCCGAAUGGUGAUGAAGUCCAUGCCUCCCUGGUCUAUGAGAGACUCGAACGCCACUGCUCAAGAUGUAUGAGGCUCACUCAUGAAGAUAACCUCUGCUUUGAGUUCCCUUCUGCUCAUGGCCAGAAGAAGUCCCUCGAGACCUCAUCCCGAGUGAAGGAGCAUGGAACUUCCACCGGAGGAGCCCCACCCCAUGACUCCAUGAAGACGAAAUUUAGUGAAUCUUCUCAGCGAGUCCAGGUCCCCCCUAGAGGUGACUGA